AUGUUGAUAUAUUUCCGCUUAAUCUCUGAGCACUCUGGUGCCUACCGCGAAUGUCCUAUAUCUACACCUUCUGUAACUGUAGGAGAAUUAAAACAACUCUUAGCUCGUCAUUGCGGCUUUAGCGGGGACUAUAGACGUAAGAUAGACUUACGUCUGUUCCUUGUAGGCAAUCGUGCAUGCGCUAAGUCAGGUGAGGGUUCUCCUGUAUCUGCUGCUGCUGGCAGCAGCAGCAGCGCCGGCAAUAGCAGCACGGAAGAGCUUGUUGAGGCCGUUGGAGAUGAGCAGCAAGUGCAUGCAUUCUCUCGUGUGGUGAUACAGAGGAGGGUACUUGCGGGGCCCCAGGGUGUACAGGUGGUGCAGCACGAAGCACGAUCCUCAUUAACAGCAGCAGAAUGGGAGAGUGCAGAGCAGCGGCAGAGGGGGGGCCCCCGUAAGCAAAAGGUACCAAGAGAAUGGAUAUGCUGCUUCUGUAAGGGUUUAAUGAGGCAGCCGCUGCUAAUUAAAUGUGCUGCUAAUUGCGGCAACAGUGCAUGCAGAGUAUGCAUAGAGCAGCGGCUGCAGCAAGAACGUGUUUGUCCUUUUUGCCGCUCUGCCUUCCGUCAACUUAUUAAGAAUAAAAGAUUAGAUGAUAUGAUUAGAAGUAUUAAUCCUGCAGAUUAUGAUUUACCUCCUGCUACUGCUGCUGCUAUAUCUGCUGCUGCUUCCAAUGCUGCAGCUGGUGCUGCAUCUGGUGGUGGUGCUGCUGGAACAGCAGCAGCAACAGGAGCAGCUGCAGAUGCAAGAAAUGCAACUGCAGGAGAUUCACAGGACUCACGUUCUUCUUCUGCACAGAGUCAAUUCGCAGAUGCACGUUUGCAGCAGCAGCAGCAACUGCAGCAGCAAACAGCAGCAGCAGGCAGCCAAAUGGCUACGGGGCUGCCAGGAGGACUUCCAACAGCCGUUAAGGACGAAGCGACACCAAGGAAUGCUGCUGCAGACACCCCAGCUGCUGCUGCUGCUGCAACAGCAGCAGCUGCAGCAGGGGCACAAGGGGGCCCCAGUGCUGCAGCGGGUCAUGGGAUGUGGGGGGCCACCACACAGGGCCCCCGCCACUUUGUCUAUUUGUUGCCUCUUAAGAAUCUGCAGCUAAUGCGACAGCAGGAUAUGAUGGUAGUUGAAGCUGCAUCAGAACUUGCUGCUGCUUUAGCCAGUGCAUGCAUGCGCGACGCAGAGUCUGCUGCUGCUGCUGCUGCCAAUGGCAGCAGCACAGAUGGCAGUGGCGGUGCUUCUGCGUUGCCGGCAGCGGCAUCUGCAGCAUCAGGACCAGAAGCUGCAUGUCCUGGCUCUGCUGCAGCUGGUGCAGGCUUCCUUGAGCCCAACGGCUGCAGCAGCGGCUGGAUAUACCUCCUUCCUUGUGCCCUAUCAGGGGGAGGAUCUUCUUAUUCUGUGGGGGGUACAGUACGUCUUAGAGCAUCAAAUAGGGUGCAGCCAUCUGAUCCUUCUUAUUCUUACAUUCUUUCUGCUUGGUCCCUGCAGCAGGGUUCUCCAGGCACUGCAGCAGGGGUCGGGGCCCCGGUGGGGGCCCCUGUAGGAGGGGGCCCCUCCUCUGGUGUAUCCGGAGCUGCAUAUGUUAUUCGUAUAAACUGGGUAGAGAAAUAUGGUACAAUGCCAAUGUUGCCAUCUAGGAAGCAGCCUUUGUGUGCACUGUUGGGGGGGGCCCGUCGGGGCCCCCUAACGGGUCGUGGUGGUGGAGGCCCUUUGGGGGUCGGGGGCCCCAUGGGUAUGAGUAUGGGAGGGGGCCCUCAGGGCGCCGGGUUGCUUAAGAGGACGGCUUUGGGGGCCUCUACAGAGGUAGCAGUAGAUGAGAAUAAAUUUAAUGAAGUUAUGUUAGCUGUCAGGGAUUAUUUGCAGUUUGGUAGUCGUUCAAGUGAGCCCUGGAGGGGGCCCACCCAGUCAGGACCGGGGGGCCCCCUUGGGUCCCAGGCUUCCGGCGCAGCAGCAGCAGCAGCAGCAGCGGCAGAGGCAGCGAGAAACAGCAGUCCACCACGAACAUCCAACGUCUUAACAGGAGCAGGUGGGGCCCCUCCUUCUGGGGGCCCUGGGGCCCCUCUGUCGGUUUCUUCUCUGUUAUCUUUAGCUGCAGCACAGGCAACUGCCCGCCAGCAACGACAGCAGCAGCAGCAGCAAGGUGGUGGUGCAUCAUCCUCUGCUGCUGCUGCUGCAGCAGCAGCAGGAGGCCCCAAACCUCUAGGACUACCAGGAAAACCACUAAAUGCAGCAAAUCCCUUUAUAGGGUACACUGCAAUUCUUCCUUUUUUAUCAGAAGAGCAAUUCAAUCAUGUAAGACGUCUACAAUUAAAGGCAUUAAAAAAGAAUAAUAAAACAAAUAAGGGAGGGGGCCCUCCUGUAGAGGCCCCCGCUCCUAAGGGGAUGAACAGAGGGGCCAAUAACAACAGCAACAACAGCGGCAGCAACAACAGCAGCAGCAACAGCAGCACAUGCAGCAGCAGCAGCAGCAAUACGCGACAUACCAGUCUUGAGAACUAUAGCCGUAAGGCUCAAACUGGUGCUGCUUCUACAUCCCCAGUUGGAGGUGUGGUGAGUUCUGCUGCUGCUGCUGCUGCUGCACCCGCAGCAGCAAAUGCAGCAACAGCAGCAGCAAGAAAGAAGCCGGGAGCUCCUGCAGCAGUUUCAGCACCUGCAGCAGCAAAAGCACCAACAAGAACACCACCAACGGCAGCAGCAGCAGCGGUGCCCCCAGCACUGCCAGCAGCAGCAGCAUCAGGAGCAGCACUUGCUGCAGCAAAAGGCAGUACGUGUGCAAAGAUGCGUAGCCCAUCAUCUGCAUCUGCGUCACCUGCUGCUGCUGGUGCUGCUGCAUCAGCACCAGCAGCACCAGCAGCAGCAGCAGCUUGCACAGGGCCUAGACGCGGUCGGAGGGCCCCCGUAGUGGUGCCUCCUCCCUUGAAGCGAUUACGUGUUGCCUCAGGAGGGGGCCCCUCGGGGGCCCCUGGCACGCCAGCAGCAGCAGCAGCAGCUCCAGAUGCUGCUGCUGCUGCUGCUGCUGCACCUGAGGCUGCAGCUUGUACGUUUGCUCGAGAGACACUGGGUAGUAGGGAAGCACCAGGAUCGCUUGAGAGUGUGGGGGGAGCCUGCUGCAGCAGCAGAGGGGGGGAGUUGAGUUCUGCUGCUGCUGCUGCUGGUGCUGCUGCUGUUGUAGACACGGGCACAGGGGAGCAGAUGGAUUGUAGAGACACUGCAGCAAGCAGCAAAGAAGAAAGUCACGAGCAGCACGAGCAGCAGCAGCAGCAGCAGCAGCACAUGGGUUUGGGGGGGGACUCACAGGAAGCAGGGGUGGGCCUUGAGGUAGAUUAG